AGGUUCUCAAUCAACAAUGAAUAUCUCGAAGGUUGCGUGAAUAAAAAAUGUCAAAUUCUUAGACCCCUGCAUUUUCUUUUGAGAGGUUGCGUGAAUUUUAUUUCCAUAUUUCCGUUCAAAAACAAAAUAGUCGAAUUUUUAAUAAACCUAAUCAUGCUCGAAGGACCUCAUUGAUUCCAUCCCGGACAAUUCCAUUACGGACGAUUCAAGUGGAUUGAAUCUGAGAACGUUCCCUCGCUUGGAUAAAAAAACGAUCCCACUCUCCCCUGGAUCGUUCGUUUUUUCCACCCAAAUGCAAACUAGAGAAGCUACAAUCAACAAAAUAACAAUUUGACAAAACCUUGAAAACGAUUUUUUCCUUUAGUCAAGAAUUUCCUUUCCUUGUUCUAUUCCUUGUCUUACUCCCAGAAUAUUUCGUCAUUGAAAAUACAAAAACGCCUUGAAAUUUUGGGUCCGAAUGGAAAUGUCCCGGAUGAAAUUCGGGUUGGGAUUGGGUCCGGAUGGAAUCGUCCUGGAUAAAACCCGGACUGGGAAUAAAUCUAGAUAGAAUCGUACUGUAUGAAAUCCGGAUUGGAUCGUCCUAGAAGAAAUCCGGAUUAGGUCCUUCGAGCUUGUUCAGAACGGAACUGUGGAAAUUAAUUCACGCAACCUCUCAAAAGAAAUGCCGGGGUCUAAGAAUUUGACAUUUUUUAUUCACGCAACCUUCGAGAUAUUGAUUGUUGAUUUAGAACCUAGACGUCCGGAGGGUUCCUGGCGUCGUCGAAGAUGCUUCCCGUCGGUGCGGGUCGCAAAAAGCGCCUAUUUUGGACAAAUUCGCCAACCAAUGUGGUAAUUACGUAGGACUUGCCCGAUUUGGACAUCGACCUUACCACACCCGCAGCGAAGGACCAGUCUUUGUCUGGAGGUCCGGUCCGGAGGCCCGUGCCCGUGACCCUAGCCGUUCGCGUCUCGUCGACCUUGCGGCGUGCCUUGGCAAACCCUUCCAUUGCUUGGAACUCCAAGGUUCUUGCCAAUGUCUGCCAAAAAAUCCGAAAGAGGGGGCAAACCCGUCUGCUCUCGGAGUCGACUGCCAUUCCACCAACCUUUCGCGCUGGAUCAGGGCAAAGCCCAAGCCAUGUAAACGCAAAGCAUCUGUCAACAAUUGCGUGUGCAACGGCGGGUCAAACGGUUGGACGACUGCUGGGGAGGUCAAGAUGUCCUUGGUCUUCUCAAACUCAACCUCAUGCUCAGGCAGCCACAGACAGGCCGUUGAUUUCUUCAACAUCUCCCACAUCUUGACGGUGGAGUGCUGGAGGUCGGGCACAAAAGCGCCCAGCUGGUUUGCCAGCCCAAGAAAGGAUCGCAGCAGAUCCUCAAGAGCCAAGUCCGUAUGCAAGCUGAAUACGUCCCCGCUUCCUUUGCAGCCCAUGGGGGCGACCAGUGGGCGGUACUUACCAUCCGGCAACAAGAACGCGCACAUGUACGAGGACUUCUUGUCCAGUGAAUCUGGAAGUAUCCUUGUACGGCGUCAAACUUUGCAAACCAUCUGCUCUCCAAUUGGAUCUUGUGCAUUAGAUCAAGGACCAAGGAUAACGGAUGGACUGGACGCUUUGUCACCUUGUUCAACCUCUGGUAGUCCACAACCAUCCUCACCUUGCCGUUCGGUUUUGGCACAAAGUGGGCGGGCGCGCACCGCUCCGUCAGCUCCAGGCACCAAACCAUCAUCUUGGCGUGCAGCAAUUCCUCUUGCAAAACUGUUGACGCUUCUUCAUGGUGCACCGGGAUCAAUCUUGCUGUUAAGACAGCCCGCCGCAUCUCCAAGCAAGCAGACCAUCACAUCUGCAGCGCCCGUCAAGAAGCCGCGGAUCCGCUCGACCUCGCGCUUUGCUUCACCCUUGAUCUUGCUGAUGACUUUCUCGAUUUCUGCGACUUGCUCCGCGGACAGAGGUGGAGGUGUCUCCACAUCGGGCGGGGCGUCCGACGGUGGUGUGUUGUCCGCUUUGAUCAUGUUGGUUGUAGCACACACAUGGACCGCGGGAAAACUGGGCGAGAGAACACCCAAGGCAAUGAGGUCCUUCUUGCCAAUGAGCGGAUCCGUCACAUCCGGGGGGACCGUCGCCGAUAUAGUUGCCUCUGGGCCGUUUGGUGCACAACAAGAGAGCACAGCUUUUUGCACAUUGUGCAGCGGUGUUCCAUUUGCCGCGCUCAGCACCCUCCGCGAGGAUGCCAAGACAGAUCACCCCGACCUGGUUCCCUCUGGCGUCCACGAGCCGACGGGGACGCGGACGCAAACGCGGACGCGGAGCCGGCGGACGGGCUUUGUUGACGACAAAGGUUCCGGAUAUGUCCCGACUUGCCACAUGAGUAACAUAGACAAUCUCAGAAUGGACAAGGUUCUCGAUUGUGUGGGUGUCCACAGCUGCUGCAGCUAGCGGCCACGGCCGCCAGGAUGGCCUCAGCUGUGUCAGGAACAGCCCGGACAGAGGGGCAGCCAUAUCCUUCAGCAUGCCUUCAUUCUCAAUCGCCUUCUUAAGUCGCUCAGGUUUUGGCGGAAAUGCAAAGUCAGUUAGUGAAAUUUCCGGAUAGAUCUGAGAGGCAUGAAAUCGCCAAUGCAAUAUCUGCAGAGUAUGGCUUCCCACCGGUGGUUUGUGGAAUAAUUGAUGGGACUCAUAUUGAGAUUCUGAAACCGAUUACAAAGAACCCCGCCCCAGAGAGAUUCUUCAAUAGGAAAGGUUAUUACUCCCUAAAUAUGAUGUGCGUUGUGGAUCACGUGGGAAAAAUCCGAUACUUUACUUGCCGCCAUGCUGGAUCCGCCCAUGAUGCCAAGAUAUUCGGAGAAUCCUCGUUGCGAGCCCAUCUCUUGGCCGAUUUUGACCCUGAGAAGCCCUUGGCGCUCUUGGGGGACGAGGGAUAUGGGGCCGAGGACGUGAUGCUUCCUCCAGUCCGUGUCCAGCAAAUGACAUCUGCAACUCCAGCCAUGCGCCACAAAAUGUUGGAAUACAAUAAAAUUCACAAGAGGACUCGAAUUAAAGUCGAACACGCUUUUGGCGUACUAAAAAAGCGCUUUCCAAUGCUGUUAUACGUCAUGAGAAGCCGCAAAAUUUCCAAUACUCAGGCCCUUAUAUCCGCUUC